AUGCGCGACGGUGGGAGCGAACUUGCUGAUGUUGUUUCUGCAGCCUUGGUGCGACCAGCUGACGAGGUUGAGAAGCAAGCCACCAACGCAUCCCAAGCCGCUGAUUCAGAAGUUGCUGAUUCCGAAGCCGCUGAUUCCCAAGCCGCCGCUGAUUCCCAAGCCGCUGAUUCCCAAGCCGCCGAUUCCCAAGCCGCUGAUUCCGAAGACGGUGAUUCCGAAGCCGCUGAUUCAGAAGCCGCUGAUUCCGAAGCCGUUGAUUCACAAGCCGCUGAUUUCGACGCUGCUGAUUCAGAAGCCGUUGAUUCCAAAGCAGCUGAUUCCGACGCUGCGGAUUCCGACGCUGAUUCUGUUGCAGCAGAUUUCGUCACAGCAGGUUCCGUCGUUGCGUCGUGGCGAGCGCACGCGUGGUUGCAUUCCGCGGCGGCGUGA